AUGCCCAGCAAAAAUAGCCCUAGGAAGGCUCUUCCUAAAGCAAGUCCUAUAAAAAGUGGAGAGGCGAAUAAGAGCCAAGUAAGUGGGAAACUCCCGGCAAAUAUCAAACAAUUGUUUAAGAAUCAGAAUAGCAAGACUGAGAAAAGUGAUGGUAAUCUAAAUGUUUCAGGCACAAAUAGGCCGAGACGGUUUAGUCUGCUCUACUCAAGUGAUUCUUCUUUGAGUGACCUAUCUGAUGAAAAGUCUAACAUCGCAAGACCUGCUUACGCCGGUAAGAAAAAUAGAAAUAACCAACAUCAUAUGACUGAAGGUAAGAAACUGGUAAGCGGAAUGUUUGCAAAUGCAACAGCCAAUAAUGUUAAGAAUAAGUCUGCUACUGAAGAUGACAAGAAGGUAAAAAGCUCCACAAGUGGAAAAAAUAGUAAACUUAUACGGAAUCAAACUGUUAAUAAUGAUAGCAUAGAGAAUAGAAAAGAGGAUGAAGGUACGGAAUCGUCUGAUUAUGGAGUCUUUGUUAGUGCUGACGAGGAUGGAGCAAGUUCAAGUGAUGAUGAUGAUGAUGAUGAUGAUACAGACGGUGAUAGUGAUACUAGUUCGGAGGAUGAGAAUAUAGAUUUUGUUAAAUUAACUGCUCAAAGGAAAAAGAGAGCCAUGGAAGCAUUAUCAGCAUUAAAAAGGAAAACAGUACUAUCAAUGGAGAAGCACAAUACAAAUAAUGAUCAUACUAUUGAUAGUAAGCCUCAGGCAACUGAAGAUAUCGGUGAAGAGAUAAAGGUCACUGAGAAUACAGUAAAAUUCAAUAAUAGUAAUAAUAAUAAUAAUAUUAAUAAUGUAAGUCUAGGAAAUAAACUGAUAGAAGAGUUCCACAUACCAAAAUUGUCUUCUUUAUCUGAAUCAUCAAGUUCUACUUCUGAUGAAAAAUUGGAUAAAAAUUCACUUGAAAAUGAGAUUGAUUCUAAUCAGUAUUCAGAUAUAUCGCCAACAUCAGGUACUGAAUCCGACUAUGAUAUAGAUCACGACGAAUUUUUCAAAGCUAUUGGAAAGGAUGAUAGCGAUGCUUUGACUGAUGUUGAUACGGGCAUAGAGACUGGUGAAGAUGACAUAGCAUUAUUGGAACAGGAAGAAGCGGAUAUCGUUAAAGAAUUACAAGAUGAUUAUGAUAUAUCUUUUGAUGGCAGCGUACAUGAAGAAGGUUCCGAUCCGGAAGAUAAUAUGUCCCAAAAAGUUAAAACUAGAAUAUUCUCGAAUAACCAAGGGGAAGUUGAGUUUGAUGAAGAUGAUUUUGAAAUUCCAUUCUACGAAGAUCCUAAAUUCUUUAAUCUAUAUUCUUACGGUGAUGGAACAGAACCAAAACUUGGCCUAAGUACUUCACUACCUCUAUUAUUGAAUGAUGAAAAAUUAUCAAAACUUCGUAAUAAGCAGGCAAAGAAACUUGAAAGAAAAGAAAGACUUCAGCGACACAAACUUUUGAAAAAAAAUAAGUCGUUGAGACAUGCAUCAACUCCAUCGAUCGAUAAUGGUGGUGAUGAAUAUAUAUUUAGUGUGUUCUUUCAUAGUGAUGAGGACAAUGAUGAUAAGAGAUCAUCAAAGAAGAAAUUAAAUAUCGAUUCUCCAUUGCAUCAUUUAGGAGACGCGAACUCCAAAUAUGACAAUGAACAUGCAUUAACCUCUGAUGAUGAUAACAAUUGCUCAUUAUUGGAUGAAGCCCGUAUACCUUCGGAAAAUGAAGACGAAAACAUUAUAGUUAAUGAAAAUAACAAAUCCAAGGAUAAUAAUCAAUUUGUAUUGAAAAACAAAACUUUAAAUAAAAAGUCAAAGUCAAGAAACAAAAGUCACACCUCGAUUGACAGUUCGUCAGAUGGAUUGUCUAUUGAAUUGGACGAUGAUGAUGAUGAUGAUGAUUUAAGUUUAACUAAUGUAUUCAUUGAUAUUGAUGAUUUGGAUCCAGAUUCUUUCUAUUUCCAAUAUGAUGAUGAAGAAGAUGAUGACUUCUUGGAUGAUUUGGAUGACAUAAAGCAUAAUGGUAGUUCUUAUUCGGACAUUUCAGUUGAUGAUAUUGAUAUUGAUAGCUCUGAUGGCGAUAAAAAUAAAUUAAAUGGUGGUACAGAUAAGGCUAUGAUAUAUGUAGAUGAUGAAUCAACUGAUGAAGAUGAUAAUUUGCCAAGGCCAACCCAAAAAAGUAAGAGUUUGAGUACCAAAGCCAAAGAAAUUGUUGGAUCAAAUGUAAUUGGGUUAAGACCACCAAAACUAGGUACUUGGAAAACAAACAGUAAACCUUUUAGCAUUAUUGAUGGACUUUCUACUAAAUCAUUAUAUCCCUUAAUUCAAGAACAUAUGCAACUAUUAGAAGGUAGGGCAAAUUCUAUGACGCCAGAAGGAGUUGAAACUCCAAAUGAAAUUCCUAAUACUAAUGCUGAUGAAUUAACUUUGAAUGAGUUACUAAAUAUGAGUGAUUUAGAGGAUCAAGCUUCGGAGGAUGUUGAUGCAUCGAAUACACAACUACUGAAUAUUAGUGAAUGGUAUAAUAAGCCAAAAGUUCCACUCUCUGCUUUUAGGAAUAAGGGAGUCAAUCAUUUUGAUGACGAUGAAUAUUUAAUACCUGAUAAUUCCAUAAAAAAAUUUCCAAUUGGUUAUGUUGGUAAUGAACGUACAAGAAGAAAAAUUGCUAGAAUGAAAGAAUUGCAGAAGAAGGAGAAUGAAAAGAGAAGAAAAAUUAAGAAGAAAAGAAAAUUACUAAAGAUGCAGAGAGAUCAAGCACGUAAAGUACGUAGUGAGAUGUUAAAUAAAGAACUUGCAUCUACAGUUGCUGCUCCUACUAGUGAUAGUUUAAUUACCAACACAAGCAGAAAAAAUUCAAUGAAAAAUGAUGCGCUUUAUGAAAUUCAUAGCUUAUUGAAACAUGAGGAUAACGAUCUAUUGGAUAAUACGCAUGAUGAUGAUGAUUAUGAUGAUAAUAUAUUUGAUCUAACGCAAAUCAAUGGCGACAUUGACACUACAUCACUAGAUGUUAAAGAUGUUGACAUCCUGACUUCCCUUACUGCACCUGUUGAACUUGGUAAUUUAGAUGGGAAUAGCGCAUCUCUCUGGAGACGUAGGAAAAGUAUAGUUGAAGCAGCAGAAGAGAAUUUAAGAUUCACUAAAAACGGUUUGUUUAGUGAAACUGCACUUGCGGAUAUUGAAGAUAUCCUUGAAGACGGUACUUCUUCUUCUGCCUUUAAUUAUGAUGAAGUUCUACAGUAA